AUCGUCUGCUAGAGAGAACAUAACCUGAAAAGUAAUCAGCUGGUCUGUUCGUGCCGUACGUGCGGUUAAAUUAUUAUGAAAUUAAAGUGUGUUUUAUCGUUUUUUUAAGUUAAGGUUUAUUUUGUAGAUCUUAAUAUUUCCACUAUUAUUCAGUUGAUAACAGAAAUCAUGACGAGCUUAUCCAGUAAACUUUUUAGGCAAAAUACUACGUGUAUUAAAAGAUAUUUUAACAGAUCUGCGAUAAGAAGAACUGCGUUUGAAACAGAAGGAAAAACAGUAGUUAAAAUUCUCAAUAAAGAUCUGUCGAAUGGGUUUUUAAUAAAUGCAUUUUCCGAGCAUGGUUUCACCCUGAGCGCUGGAUUCAAUGUAAUUGGCCCAAUAAUAGUUUUCCCUCGCACAUUUCUCAGUUGGAAUAUCGCAGCCUCUUCAGACAUGAAUGCAGAAAGUCUCUGUUUAUUCAACGUUUUAGAGCCACAAUUAGACAUGCUGAUUAUUGGAUUAGACAUGCAGUAUCCAGCACAUGCACCCUUUUUGUGUGAUCUUCGAGCGUGGUUGAAAAAAACGAAGAUAAAUGCAGAAAUAUUGCCGAUUAAACAUGCAAUUCCUACCUAUAAUUUUUUGGCGGCAGAGGGAAGAUUUGUUGCAGCAGCUUUAGUGCCGCCGAAACAUUUUGUUCCUGAGUAUGCUGUAACUGCACCUUUGCCGAAACACGAAAGAAUACCCGAUUAUUGAAUAGAAAUUGAAGCGAUUCUGAAAAAUAAGUUAAUUCUCUUUGUAUAUAUUUAAAUAGAAAUAUGCCGUACUUGCUUUAUUAUUAUUGCCUAAAACAUGAUCAAUUUCUUAAUAAAGCUUUUAGAAUAUCCUUAAAAAA